AUGGACGCCUAUGAGCGUUUCAACAUCUUGAGCGCAACGUUCGACCCGGAAUCCCUGGUGGAUGAGAACGAGAACUUGCCAUUUGACCCUUCGCGUGACAGAUUCUACCUGAGCCUUUUGUCCAGUGUGUCUGACGAGAAACUGCAUAAAGCAGUACUAGGGUUGAGGGACUCCCGGCUUGCCGUUGGUCGGCUGCCGCAUGCGUCCUUCUUGCUACCGUGGAGUGCCCAGCCGUCGAGCGAAUUCGCGGAUUCCGCUGCUUCUGGCGUUCGUUCUCAGCACCCCAAGACCGGAACCCAGCUGAAAGCAAGCUUACAGAAAUUCGUGUCACGUGCCAAGUGUGAGGCGGAAGCCGUCAAGCAUAUGCUUGAGCUCCGUCUUACUGGUUACACGUCGACUCGUAAUGCAUGCUACAAGUUCCUACGCGACGCUCUGAAAACGAACCGCGAGGUUGUGGUCUGUCUGCGCCUUUCUGGCGUCGUUCCCGCCGUGCGUUGCCGAGGCUCGGUGGUCUUUUUCGACCGAAGUUCGAAUAUGCUGUUAAGCGACGUAGAAGUCGACGGCAAGGUUCACCACCCGUUUAUGUACAUCAGGUAG